CUAUCCCCCCUCUCUCUCUCCGCCCCACCCCUCUCUCUCUCCCGCUCGUCUCUCCCUCUCCCUCGUGCGAGCAGAUACGGCGGCCUCGCAUCCGCCCGCCGGUGAGCACCGCCUCCUCGCCGGACCCCUGGAGCCCCGCCGCCCCGCGCUGCCGCCUGCGCCGUGUCGCGCGCCGCCACCUCCCCACAAGCUCGCCGCCCCGCACCGAGCUCCUUUGCGCCCGCCCUCGUCCCCGCGUUGCCACCGCCGCCCCAUGCUGCCUCGCGCCCGGAUCCGGCCGCGGGAGAUCCGGACACUCCGGAUCCGGCCUCCUCCUCGCCGCAUCCAAAGAUACUUGUAUGGGGAUCCGGCCUUCUCCUCGCCGCUGCCGCAGGCGUUGAACCGCCCCGUCCCCGAAGUCCGCGAAGCGCUUCUUGCAGAGGAAGUUGCACCAGCGAUUCUGUUUGUCUGGAUGUUGCUGCAGGGAGGAGGGGGAGAGAAAGGAGGCGGUGGAGGAGGAGGAGGGGCGGCCGGUGAUGUGGCCCAGCUGGAGGCGCAGAUCGCGCUCCACUACGGCAUCCCCUACGCCUCCUCCGUCAUGGUGUUCGACCCCGUGCAGCGGCUGCUCGCCGUGGGGACGCUGGAUGGGAGGAUCAAAAUCUUUGGGGGUGAUAAUAUCGAAGGCAUCCUCAUAUCGCCGUAGAGCAUGCCAUACAAGUAUCUUCAGGUUUGGCACUUCAUACAAAAAGAGUAGCCCGAUUUGUUAACUGUAGGAUGGACCAAACUGUAGGACUUUGGUCGUUGGUCUUGGCACAUGGAGCAGCAGCACAAUGCAGAACUGCUCCGCUCAAAAAACAGAGCAGCUAGCCAACCAAACUGAGAUACAAUGUAGACAGGCAGGCAGCAAGUACUCCAACUAGUUAGCAGACAUAUUUUUUCCCUUCCAAUCCCCUUCCUGCUAUUGUGAUUACCACCAACAAAGAAUUUUAUCUGGCCUCCUCCUCCUCCGCGGGAAAGAAUACAAUGGAUCUUUUUUGGUUAGGCGAAAUUUAUGUCUGUACAUGCUUGAUAUGAAAGGAGGGGUUUAUCUAAUUAACUACACAUAUGGUUUCACAUUCCACCUGUGUGCUCGCAAUUUAAAUGCAGUAUAUUUUACUCACCAAUACAUCUUGAACAAUCUAAAAAAUAUAUAGCUUGGUUUAUCUUUGUAACUCCUUAUCUGAUUUUUUUCCAUUUUCCACAUUGUUGUGUCUAUUUUCUCAGUUUGGUCCUGUGUAAAUACUUGUCUUAGGGGUCUCUGUAUUGCAUAUACACGGAAUCUUCAAUUUGUCUCAAAUGCUCAGUGGUAAAAACCAGCCAUGCUGGCGGUUCUUAUCAGUGUGAUGGUAUGCUAACUGUUUCUGAUAUAAUUCUGCUCUAAAAGCCCUACACUAUUUUUGUCUUGUAGAUACACCAUGCAGACAAAUGCUGAGUUAAAAGGUCAUAACUUUACACUAAUUUAAGAUUGUCUUGACCUCAAGUGCUGGCUCCUACAGCAUUGCAUUUCACCCAGUGAAAUGCUACAUUUCUACUCCUAACCCAUUCUCUCUUUCUUAGUGUUUUUGUUAUGCAGGUUGGAAGAAAAGAAGAAGAUCCAGAGAAGAUCUUAGUAAUAAGAUAGUUUUUAGGAAAAUAGAUAUUUAGUUUUAUGUCAUUUCUUGUAAUUUUAGAUAUGGAGUGCUUGCCUUUAGUUUUUGUUUUGACUUUGUGAAACUUGCUACUCUUGGUAACAUGUGUUGGAUAUAUAUGUGUUCAUGAGUAUCGGUAA